AGCGUCGUAGUUUCCUGUCAUUUUUUUUUGUCAAUUUUCGGCGUGGUUUCUAUGCUUCUUUCCCACAACCGUUCUAUCCACGCAGAGUAGCACUCCUCGUCUUUGUCUCUUUCAAGUCUUGAAGUCUUAAAAUCCCAAUCAACAAUGGCAUCAGUAUUCGUUGGUAACAUUCCUUAUGGCGUCUCUGAAGAUCAGCUUAAGGCCAUUUUCAGCGAGGCCGGCCCCGUGGUCUCAUUCAGGAUUGUCCAAGAUCGCGAAACUGGUCGUUCCAGGGGUUUUGGCUUCUGUGAAUUCCAGAGCCCAGACUCUGCUCAGACUGCCAUGAGAAACCUCAAUGGCUAUGAGCUCAAUGGCAGAAGUCUGCGAGUUGACUCUGCCAACCGAAAGUAAUUGCACUUGCGAGUCAACUGCACCACAGAAGAUUGCUCUGCUUUCCAUGCUGCGUCUCCAUUUCUAUUAAGAUCAAGAAACAAUGUUUAAAAAGGAUCCAAUAAAUCAAUUCUUUUUCUGUC